GCAGCUGAAUCUGUUCCUUUGUUCCUCUGGUUCACCUGUGCUGUCCCUUUAAGACAAGACAUUUCAAUCUAGGCGUGUUUCCUGCUGCCAUUGACUAAAACCAAGAGCUCAUCCUGCAGGGAAAAAAAACUGGAGCUCUUCACAGCGCAACGCAUUUCUGCUGAAAAAACAGAUUAUUCCUGUUUUUUACGAUGAUCUGGGUGACCUGACUACAUCUUAUUCUCAGCCCGGGAUCUGUGACUGCAGCCGCGUUCUUUCUGCAGCAGCUCGCUUUUUUAUUAAUAUUUUUUUAUCGAGAUGAUAUGAAAGUCAAGCGGUCAAGGUCCGCUCUGCCACAACCACGGCUGGAUUUCCUCUCUUUAUAGUGGGAAACAUCUGUCGCUGUCGUUUCGGAUGGAUUUCUAAUCAUCUGGACCGGAGGGAUUAAAGACCUGCCUGUGGAGAAAGGGAAGCAACGCCGUGGGAAUAAAAACACGCUGCAGUCAGUUGGAGUAGGAAGCAGCAACGAUGUGACACCCACAAUCCAAAAAGGAAAAAAUAAAACAAACAAAAAAAUGCAGCGGAAGUCUUUAACAUCCGAGCAACCCGCCUGUUUUUGACCGAACAUCUCCACCACUGACCCGAUUCUGUUAGUCCCAGUUUGAAGAAGUGAAGAUUUUGGAAAAAGCAGCCAGCAUGUCGGCGGUUAUGAUAACGCGAAAGGUGCGGAAAUGGGAGAAGCUCCCCGGGAAGAACACCUUCUGCUGCGAUGGGAGGGUGAUGAUGGCCCGGCAGAAGGGGAUCUUCUACCUGACCCUGUUCCUCAUCGUCGGAACCUGCUCCCUCUUCUUCGCUUUCGAGUGUCCGUACCUGGCCGUCCACCUGUCUCCUGCCAUCCCAGUUUUUGCCGUGCUGCUCUUCCUGUUCGUCAUGGCCAUGCUGCUGAGGACGAGCUUCAGCGACCCCGGGGUCCUGCCGCGGGCCCUUCCAGAGGAGGCCAACUUCAUAGAGAUGGAAAUCGAGGCAGCGAAUGGGAACGUCCCGUCUGGGCAGCGACCUCCACCUCGAAUCCGUAACGUUCAGAUCAACAACCAGAUCGUCAAGCUCAAGUAUUGCUACACCUGCAAGAUCUUCCGGCCUCCGCGAGCCUCUCACUGCAGCAUCUGUGACAACUGUGUUGACCGUUUUGAUCACCACUGUCCCUGGGUGGGGAACUGCGUGGGCAAGAGGAACUACAGGUACUUCUACCUGUUCACCCUGACGCUGUCCCUGCUCACCAUCUACAUCUUCGCCUUCAACAUCGUCCACGUCGUCAUGCGCUCUGUGGAUCAAGGCUUUCUGAGCACCUUGAAGGAAACACCUGGAACUGUACUGGAAGUGCUGGUGUGCUUCUUCACCCUGUGGUCGAUGGUGGGACUGACUGGUUUCCACACGUACCUCAUUUCUCUGAACCAGACCACCAACGAGGACAUUAAAGGCUCCUGGUCUGGGAAGAACAGAGGCCAGAAUCCUUACAGCCACAUGAACAUCAUCAAAAACUGCUGCGAGGUUCUGUGUGGGCCGACCUACCCCAGCGUCUUGGACAGACGAGGGCUGAUGCAGGAGGAUUCGCCCGCUGCUGCAAACAGUGGAGGUCCCUGUUCCUUCGACAACCCAGGGGCACAAACUGCGAAAACCACAGCUCCUCUCAUCCCCAACGAAGAAACGCCUGACGACGUCAAGCCGAGCAUCGCAGCAGAGAAAAGCUCCGCCCCUAAAGACGACCCGCCGCCGGCCGCAAAGCUGCCGCCGCUGGCUUCCCCAGAGACCGAUGCAGACACGUCCAUCGCCAAGAACCAGUAGCUGGACGGACCAGCGAUCUGUCGACUCAUGAACUGAAAAACAACAAUCAACACCUGAUCAUAUGAGGGGGAUUCAUUUAACCUUUGACCUUUAACGGAUUGGAGCGCCUGUGCUCUUCCUGCAGAGACGUUUGACUCCUAGAAGAGAAGGAAAAUCAGCAGCUUCCCGUCUCCUGACUACUGCAUGGAAAAGACUCUCAGGGGAAAUGCUGCUCGGAGAUCCAACGCUGAUUGUUAGUCCAUUUGUUCAUCAUCUGAAACUGUAAACGUUUAUAUCCAGAGGCCAGUUCAGUUAUAGCAAGCAUCAGAGACGAAGGGUCUGAUUCGUGAACAUCGGUUGAAUCAAAAACACUGCAGAAACUCUAAAUGCUACCAAGUAUUUUAGAUUUUCUAGAGCAGAUAUUUUAGUCACAUGAAUAAAACAAAACUAACUUACAGGAAUAUUUUCAGCAACAUAUAAGAGCUUGUUUUGAGUAAAUAAUUCCUGAAUAUUGAUGAAAAAGUACAGAUUAUGUCACUUAUAACAAGGGAAAAUGUCUUCUUGUAAAUGCAAUAAAAUGCCAGAGAAACUGACUUUUUCAUUAAUAUUAAGAGAUAAUUGACUAAAAAGAUGAAAAGUUAUUUGUAAUCAGAAGUACACAAGAAUCAUACUCGAGUAAGAGUAGCACUACUUCAACAUAUUUUUACUCAAGUAAAAGUAAAAAGUCUGAACUGGAUGAAAAUCUUUUUUGAUAAUCUCUUUCCAAGUCUUCCUAUGGAUUCUUAAUUGGACUUAAGUUUGGACUUUGACUGGGACAUUCUAACUUGUAGGUCCUGGUCCUGACACGGUUUCAAGUAUUUUGCAGCUUCUAGCGAGUUUUCUUCCAGAGCUGUCCAACAUUUAACUUUCACCAGACAGUUUCCUUCUGUUUAAAUCCAGAGGUGAGUUGAGUAUCUAAAAAUCAUACUUAAGUGAGAGUAUCACUACUUCAUAUUAGUAACAGAAAAUACUAAAAUUAGGCUAAAUAUUUUUUUCAAAAUCAGUUUCUUUCAAUAAAACACUUGUGAAAUUUUAACAAAAACUGCAGGUGUGUGUCUGUGUCUGGUGAAGCUUUGGUAAAACAUGUUUAUUUCUCAUUCAGUGGGUAGAGAAAACUGAAAUGUUACUGAAGUAAGAGCAGAAAUACUUCAUAACAAAAUUACUCAAAUAAAAGUUAAAAGUGAAGCUUAGUAAAAAUACUCCUAAAAGUUCAUGUGAGUAAAGGUAAAAAGUUACUACCCAACUCUGCUUGUAUGUUAGUUUUGUCUUAUUUUAAGUUAAUUAAAAUAUUUGCACUAAAACCUAGAACAUUUGGUAAAAUUUAUUGUUUUUGCAGUGCGUCAUCUAUGCUGUACAUAAAUUACAUGCCCUAUGCAAACCAUUGUGAGGCUGGAAAAGCAUCUUUAUGAGAUCGUGGGUGUAAGCGUUGGUUUUAACCCGGGAGUACAUGUGAUGUCCACGCAGGAGGAGACGUCCAGUAGGUCAGACUCCUUCCAGGUGACCUUGUCGUCUGAUUCUGCUGCAUUCAGUGCUGUUCACACGUAUGUGCAUCUUUUUUUUUUACAUCAAUCUCAACUGCUGUGGUUUCUUUUAGUGUUUUUAUUUUUAUAACUAAGGAUGUAUUGUGAUGUUGAGGCUUGUGAGAUUACAGGCGGCGUUGAGCCCCUGAGUCUGAGGAAAGAAAAGGCCUAAUGAGCGUCGACACUCGCAUUAACAGUGCCUUAUCAAUGCAACUCGAGCAACAGGGACGAUCCUCUAACAGUGUUGAGUCAGAAAUCAGCUACCAACGGUAAUCUGAUUUAUAGAAGAAAAGAUGGCAAACAUCUCGCUGCAGCCACUUACAAAAACGUGGUGAGACUUGCUAGCUUGUUAGCGUAGCUUAUCUUAGCCUAGCUCAGUUUACGUUUGUGUGACAAAUUGCUUAGUAAAACUGCUACAAGACAAUGAUAAUUGUUUUUAUAAUGAUAAUAUAAUUGAUAAUUUGUA